CAAGGAAGUCGAAUUAUAAAUGUUGGCAACGCCAGUGUUUUAAAGCGCCAAGAAGCCCAAUGCAAGUCGUUCGGCAGACGACAACUUUAUACUUGACUCGGUUUUCCACUCCUGGAAAAUACGUCUAAUUUAAAUUAAAAUGGAUCAAAAUGACAGUUUAAUCGUUAGGACGAUAUCCAAGAAAAGACAGAUCAUGGAAGUUCAAAAACAAAAACCCUGGCUUGUAUGUAAUCUCUUUGGAGCACUCAUUCUAUCCUACUACCUGCAUUUCGAACAAGAGUGUUACGAGAUGACGUCCACAUUUCUGUGGUAUUCCAUAUUGGUAGUUUGCAUCAUCUUGGUAUUGAAUUUCACUACUGGAGUCUUCUUUUAUGUGAAAAGGACAAAACUUGAUCCCCCUGUAAUUCUGAGUCCUCAACAAAAGAAGCUUUUGGGUGUGAAAAAUGAUGAAAUUGGAUUUGUGACAUCAACACCCUCUUGCUCACCUGUUAACAAGAGGACAACCUCGAUUCCCUACAUUCCUGUUGGGUCAUCACCUUCAAUACCAACAGUGAAAUUUCAACAAGCAGCAAACCAGUCUGCUGGCAAUUCUUCAUUGCAAUUUCAAAAAGGAAGCAGUAGCUCUGUUUUGUAUACUUCACAAAACUGGGAUCUAGAAGAUGAACUCUAUGAAGAAGAUUCAUUUAUGAAAAUGUGCAGAAGUGUUGAAGGGGAAGAGCUUCAAACAAGUAGAGGCCAAGGUCAGGAUGCCACUGGUAUGAGCACAACAGCAUCUUCGUGGCAUUAUUCACCAUCUGCAUCAGGAAUAGCGGAUUUUUCUCCACUACUGAAAAAAUAUUCUUACCAGCUUUCGUUUACAGUGCCAACUACUGGAGCCAGCGGAGUAGACGAAAAUACCAGCACCAAAUCGCCAGCCAAAAUAAAAGGUCGUGAUGUUUGGCAGCAGUUGGGAAUUUCCGAUUCUCAACUUCUAGAAUUUAAUGAAAAGUUCCGGUUAUGGCUUUCGUCGACGGUUCUUCAGUCCUUAGUAUCUGAAAUUAAUCGAAUCAAUGAAUCUUUGACGGCUCACGGUUUAGCUGAUGCUAGAAUUGGAGAAUCCAGUUUGGAGAAAUUACGUAAAACUUCUCAGCUGGCUCCCGUGUCCGCUAAUAUACCUUCACUUGUAGAAGUUCUUCCAUAUCUUGAAGUGACUUCGCACCAAGAUUACCUUUUUCGUUGUCUUAAUCGGCUAGCCACAGGAGGAUGCUUGGGUAAUUUUCGCUGGGAUGGAGGCACUAAACGGAAAGAUUUAGAUGACAGUACACCUACUGACAGCGCUGUAAUAAUGCAUUGCUUGGCUACGUACCUCGAUAGCCAACUUCCGGCUUUCACGGAUCGCCCAGAUAGACGACCUUUUACGGGACAGUAUCUCGUAAAGUGCCCUGAGAAGCCUCAACCCACGUCGAAUCCGCAAAUAGUUGAAGUUCAACUUAACCCACCUCAUUACAAACUUGUCAUGGGGCCGGAUGAAUAUGAACUUCCAAAGGUGUCCUAUUAUUCUUUUCCCCUUUGUGACUUGAUCUUAUUUCUUCAUUUUGAUUCCGUGUUUAUCCAGGGCCGAAACAAUAUGCUGCAUACAGUGAUACUUUUCUUCUGGUUAAUCAAAACGAAAUUCGAAGGACGUAUCGGGCGAAUAACGUUAGGGGAAGCAGGGCUCAAUUUGCUGUGGAUUUUCAACUGAAUGACUGCUUGUUACAUAAUUUCGUAUGUUCAUAAAAAAAUUGACAAACUUAAAAAGAAAAGGACUAAAGUGAAACUGUUGACUAAUUUUCAAUAAAAUCCUUCCCAGUUUGUA